AGGCUCGCGCGUAGUGUAGCGAUCGUUGUUUGCCGCAUUCACUCCUAGGGAUCCUCCACACCUAACGGCGGUUUGUCUGGUGAGCCGUCGCAAGGUCUUUCCCUUGGGGGAAUCGGGUUACUGUCUCAAAUUUCUCUCCGGGGUUACCCCCGACUCACCUUGGUGCUUGCGCUCUUACCACCGCACGACCAGACCGCGACAAGAGCGCAUAAACACAACAGGAGAGAUUGGGAGAGACACUCACACACACACAAACACACGCACAAGUCAUUUAUUUGACAAGCGCGAGACAGGGGUAGCCGUCAUUCCAGCACAGCACGCUGACCUCGCUGUAGGGUCACCCGACAGCCCCGCUAGUUUCCCCGGUGCUAGCUCGGCGUGUGUAUAGCGUGACUCGAUCAGAAACCCAGCUGCAGUGUACGGGAGAUGGCAAGUACAGACCAGACGACUAGCUGUGACUUCGAGACGGAUGCCGCUCUAGCCAUGGAAUACAUUCAGGAUUUCGACCUGUUGCCGUUGGCUCUUGAACACAUCGAGGUAAAGCGAGAGGAUCAGGUUAACUCUCUGGGAACGUCCUGCUUACUCCAGGGCCAAGGUACCGGGACGACUACCGCAGCACCGAGCAGCGGUAACUCCGGUACCGGGCCUGCCAAGCGUCGCUCCCCACCGACCAACCUACCCAAUCUCGGCACGGGAUUGUUGACUCCGCUAGUUGAGUCCCCGUGCGUUGAUGUACCUCAAUCACCGGACGAUCUGGGGUUAAUACCCAGCCCGGUGGAUAUGGAGUACAAACCAAGCCUUGAUGAGCUCUAUUGGAUGUCCAGCAUCCAGUCUCUAACGACCAUAAAUAACUUACAGCUGAUGUCUCCGGUCUACAGUACUAGCGAUACAGGUGAGUUACCCACUACACUCACCUGUCCCUCUGACCUCGACUACGACAAGUUUUCGGACUGUUCGGGAAUUCAGCCGCGCGAUGACGAUGAAGAGGAGGAGGAAGAAGAAGAUGAUGAAGAUGAGGAUAGUAUCUCAUCCUCGGCUGAUUCAGACAGUACCGACCCAGGCGCACCCGCCGUGACCAAGCCGACUAAAGACAUAUUUUCCUUGUACCGCGACGACGAGCUAGUUCGCCUCACCGUGAGGGAACUAAAUCGUCAGCUCCGAGGCUACAAGAAAGAGGACGUUGUAAAGCUGAAGCAGAAACGAAGGACACUCAAGAACAGAGGCUACGCCCAAUGCUGCCGCACCAAGCGUCUCAAGCAGCGAAUGGAUCUCGAACACAGUCAACUGUACCUUCACACCGAGGUGACACGGCUCAAGAAAGAGCUGGAGCGAGUUCAGAACGAACGAGACAAGUAUCGUAAAGAACUCGAACUGGUGAAGAAUUCCCGCCGACCCCGAGCCGUUAGUUUGCCGAGUAGUCCCGAAUCGCCCGAGUACUUCAUGUAAACUUUUGACCACCACCACUUUGCAGCUAAAACGAGCAGCUUUUUUGGCCAAGUUCCAGUCUUGUCUUACAGUACUAAAUGGAACCACAUGGGACAGUGAACUUUACCAGAUGCGAGUUCAUCUUAAACCUGAGGUAAACAUGGUAAACUACACAUUGAACGUCAAAGUAAAAGUAAAUGCUAUCGAGAAGGCUUAAAUAGCAAUCUUGAAUUGUAAUCUAUUAAUGGUACUAAAUUACGAAUUGAUGUUUUCGUGAACUUACAAAUGCAAAAACCGACCAGAAGUUAAAACCGUUUAUUAUCAAAUUAUCAGUCUUCAACGAACCGGUCCUGUUCUGGUCGAUAUCAAAUCAUUCAAUAUUUGCAAUUUAAGCCUUCUACUUUUAUGUACUUUGAGAACGAAUCUACAUUGUACUCAAUAUUAUUGGACCAAACCCUGACGUGUAACUAUGUGGAAUGUAGUCACUGUACACAUGUUAUCAUUAUGCAAUUUUUGUGAUACGUACAUGACAAACAGAUGAGAAAAACCUUGUAUAGAGUCAAACACUAAAGUUUAAGCUUGUGGCGAUCUCGGACGAAUGUAAAGUACUGCAAAGUUUGUCUACAUGUCGCUAUUAGCUGUGUACUACGUAUGCGAGCUUUGCAUCAAUUUGUAAGCUUUACGCGCCCUUAAUGUAAAGAAUCUUGCCGAUUUUGUUAUCAGAAGAGAAAAAAAAGAAAAAAAGUUAUAUUUUUGUAUAGAAUACCAAGGCCUUGGUGCCCUAGGUAUCUGACAGAAAUCUGGAAAAAACUACCAAUUUUGUCAGUCGGAACAACGGGUAACUAUUGAAACGAAACAAGUUAAGAAACAGUCGUAUUUGUUUAACACCACAAUACGCAAAGAUAAGCAAGAGCAAAAAGAAGUAAAGAAGAAAAAAAAACUAAAAACAACCAAGAAUAUGAAAAAAUAAAAAAAAAGUUAUAUAUGCAGUUUGAUUGAAUAUCACGAAAGUGGUUCAUUCAAGCUUUAUAUAUUACCAAAAAAAAUACGAAAAAAUAAAAAAAGCUAAAAAAAAAAAAAAACUACCGGAGCAUAGCCUGAUGCGGAAAUAUUGUGGAGGUAUUUCUGCUCGGCAGGAGCUCCGGUAAUCUAUGACGUCACACUUACGUCACCACGCGAGUGAGUGACAGAAAGUAAGACAAAAGGAAUGAGCGAUAACAGUUGCGCUCAACCAAGUUUGUAAAGAAAACAACUUUACGUGCUGUAAAAAGCCGAAUGCCAAAAACGAAUGUGUGGUUUGUUGAAAGACGAAUGGCAUCACGUUCAAUUGAAUAUGCAUGCUUAGCGGACCAACCAGAAACUAGAUGGGCGGGGCUUAGUUGGAUCUUGAAUAUUGGGUGCAAAAAUGAUAACAUUUGUAGUAAUGUGUGUAAAAUGCCUAAAAAUGUGUGAGCUGAGAGCAUAUUUUGACCAAGUGAGAACUUGUUUUAACAAACAGCCUCAUGCAAAUUUGGUGGUCGUUGAUUUUUUGGGGAGGUCCUUUAAUGUGUGCCACGUGACCUUAUCCCCGCCCACUCUGGAUACGCGCUGCAUAUUCAUGAAUAUUUUGUUCGUUGCAAGCUCAUGUUUUGUGGAACAUGUAUGAUGUAGUAAAAAUAUGUGAAUGGAAUAUGUGAAACGAAAUUAUUUGCAGUUUAUUUGAUGUUAACAUCACUGUUUGGGCGUUUUGCGAAGAACGUUGGUUAAUUGUUUUCUUGAACUGUGAAUAUGUUCUGCAGAUGAUGUUUUAUCGAGUUUUACGGAGUUCCAUUUUUUUAAGCGCCAUAAUUACAUUGUAUGUGACCUAAAACAGAUUCAUGAAUAACCAGUCUGUAAUGUUUUAAGAAUAACGAACAUGUAAUUUUUUUUUUACAUGAUACCCAAUUGUAAAAAUAUAGAACUGUCUGAACAAAAAUGAUGUGUACUUUUUUUAUUGGACGGAAUGUUCAAAAUGCAUUGUGAAUAGAAAAUGGCUUUUUAUACACAGAAAAUAUUUCGAAGUUAUGUAUCCUUGUUACGAAAAAUUGUUAUGAAAAAUUGUGUAAUAUUACUUGAAAAGCUGCGGAAUCCGAUGUCUUUGUUUUUGUUUUAUAAAUAGAUCACAAAUAUAGCGCCCUCUCUUGGUUUCAUUGCGCAAGUGGCAGUCGAGAAAUGCACACAAGGUUUGUUUUCUAUGCAGCGUGUACAGGAUUUUUAAAGUUUAUUUUGGUUUUUGUCAACAACAAUUGAACUACCACUUUGUUAAAAGUAAAUUUUUCCCCUGAAGAUUUAUGAGUUGGAGCAAUACAAGUAACACUAUUUAACAUCCAAACAAGUAUAUUUUUAGCCUGCCACUCUCUGGCUGCAACCAAAAGAGGGCGUUCUUAAUGAGAACAAUGGUGAACCGAUUACAGAGAGGUGACAUUUUAACGUGACAUUUAAUCCGCCGAACCUGUGUUUCCUCUUAACCAGGUGAAGGCGACACCGAUUGUUGUGCUCAAAUUUCUGACCAAAUAUGGUUUGAGUGGGAGUUAUUUUUAUAUCCAAUUUGUCAGACAGACAAAAUGACACCAAUAAAUGCUGUGAAAUAUAGUUACCAUUGUUUAUUUGGUAACCAUGCCAACAGCAAUUCAAUCAUGAAUGAGUCGAAGUUGAAAGUGGCGAGGUGUAAACCACGAAAAGACGAAAGAAUGAUGAUGAGUGACAACAUGCUGAUCAUUAUUGACGAAAAACGACAUUUUUCUUCCGAUUAUGACAUUCCGUGAUCAUUCCAUUCAUACAUAUCCGAGGCAUUGGCAAGUUCCGAUUAUUUUUCCUUUGCCUGAUAGCUGAUAUGAAGAAUUGUAUUCAGAAGACGAACAAAACUGAGUGCAGAAACUGCCAAUUUGAGCCUCAAAACCUCAAAGUUGUCUGACGUUGUAUUUAAUAAGUGUCCUCAUGUGUGCAUUGUGAUCUUAACACUGCAGAAGUCUGGUUCCCAGACAACGCUGCUAUUUGCAAUGUCAGAUGUAAUGUGACUAUGAUUGUACAUUUUCUGUAAAAUUAAUAGAUGAAUAUCGAAUCUUUAAUACAAAUCGACUGUGUAAAAGUAGUUUUAGUAGAAGUAGCGUAUUUCUGUAGUCUAAACGAAAUUUUGGAGGAGUACUGGCUGGACUUAGCAUCAUGUUUUCUAAGUAACGUUCAUGGUGUUUCAUGUACAUGUAUAUUCUGCUUUAUUUUGUUUGAGGAUCGAUUAAUGAGCUGACGAUUAAGGUUUCGUUUUAUUUGCUGCAAGCUUAUGUUUAUGUUUGAGGCAAUUAUGCUGAAUGGUUUUCUUGCAACCUCGAUUCUUUGUCUUGGGAUCAGAAAAUAAAGUUUUUUCCUGCCUUUUUUCGGAAAGCAUACACACUUACUGUGGAAUGUAUUGAUGCUUGUGAUUUUUACUGGUUAUAGACUAAAACUAAAAUAAA